AUGCCCAUUGAUAGAGAUUUUGCUCUCAUAGAAAGACAAAAAUUAAAACAUGAAAAAAAUUAUGAACCUGACAGUUAUGUCAAUUUUGUAUUAAACAGUAGAAAUGCCAAGAAAUUUGAAGUUGUACUUUUAGAAAAGAACCUGAUAGAACGAGGGCAAAUAGAUAGGAGCGGAGAAGAGCGAGAAGAACAACGUGGUAACGAUAGAGUAUUGAAAGUUAAAGAUAAUAAAACUUAUUUUAAUGAUAAUGUUAAACAAAUAAUACCGGGAAUUUUAGGUUGUCGUCGAGUUUUAUUUAAAAGACAUGCAAGGCCAGCCUUUUCUGAUUCAAUGACUGGCGAUAACUUUAAAGAUUUUUCUUUAUACAGAGUUGGUAUAUCUAGGUAUCUUCGAGAUGUUUCUGCUGAUUGUUAUCAAAAUGCAAUUAAAAUUAAAGAAGCUAAAAUUAAUGAUAUUAAAAAACUUAUUCGAUUUGUACCACAAAAGAAAAGAAAAUUCUAUGAAACUUUGAUUAUGGAACAGGCUAAAUUCGAUGAGAGUCAAAUUGUUGAGGAAUUGGAUGACGAAAUAGAGUAA